AGUGAGGGUCUAAGAGAGUGGUAGAAGGAAGAUAAUGUGAUAUACAUCAUUGUCUAAGAAACCCACAAAACUCCCAAUUUCAUAAGCUAAGCUCUUUCAGUUACUCUCCAACCACUCGACAAACCAUAACACUCGAGGCUUCUCUCUCAGGGUAUUUGAUGAAUAUGGCAUUGUCGUUGUCCUCUGCCGUCGGCAAGCAAGUUCAACCACUGGUGGGGAAUUUUCAGGGGAGUUUCAGUAUGGAGCAGUUUUUCCGGCGGAAAGAGAAGGUGGUUAUUGUAAUGGGAGCCACCGGAACGGGUAAAUCUCGGUUGGCAAUCGACUUAGCCACUCGAUUUCCGGCGGAAAUUGUGAACUCGGACAAGAUUCAAGCGUACGAAGGGCUGGAUGUUGUCACAAACAAAGUCACCGAUGAAGAACGCCGGGGAGUUUCUCACCAUUUGUUGGGCUCAAUUGACCCGAAUUCAAAUUUCUCUUCUCAUGAUUUUACAUAUCAUGCCUCUGUUGCUAUUGAAUCCAUUUUGGCUCGUGAUCGUCUCCCGAUUGUCGCCGGCGGCUCCAAUUCUUACAUUGAAGCUCUGGUUGAUGAUUGGGCAGAGUCUCGAUUUCGAUAUGAGUUUUGUUUUUUGUGGGUCGAUGUGUCCUUGCCGAUUCUUCAAAAGUUUGUUUCCGACCGUGUUGAUCGGAUGGUCGACGGUGGAUUCGUCGGUGAAGUUAGGGAAUUUUUUGAUCCGGAAGGAGAUUAUUCUCGUGGAAUUAAACGAGCUAUUGGAGUACCGGAAUUACACGACUAUUUAAGAGCAGAACGCGACGGUGCUGACCAAAGAACUUUGACAAUUCUUCUUGAAUUAGCCAUUUCCAAGAUUAAAGACAAUACAUGCCAAUUGGCUCUCCGGCAACUACAGAAGAUUCGCCGCCUUCGUAAUAAACGGAAUUGGAAUCUCCGGCGUCUUGAUGCCACCGGAGCGUUUUUGACCAACAGUGGGAACCCCAAUGACGCAUGGGAUAAAUUCGUUCUUCAACCGAGCUUGAGGAUCGUUGACAAAUUCCUCACCGACGACAGCCGCCUUAUCACCACCCCCAUUGUCUCGCCGGAGGCGGCCCCUCUCGUCGCCGCCGUCAGUCGUUGAAAGUAAAAAAAAAAAGUCAACCCCACAGAAUCAACGGCGCCGCUCAGCAUGCCACGUGGCAAGCUUAUGAUUUUACGUUUUUUUUAAAAAAAUAAUUUUGGUUUUUUCCUUUUUUUGGGCUUCGGUAAUUUUAAAAGAAAAACACAAAAAGGAAAGUUUUUAAAAACUUUCGAAAGCAAAAAAUUACCACUUGGGACUGACAAACGUUACUGUCAGGUCGUUAAGUACUUAAAAUUGGCGGCCGUACGGAUAAUAUAUUUUUAAAAGGAAAAUUAUAAAUCUCGGCCUGCUUUUAAAAGUUUAAAAUAAUUUUUUCUUAAAAAAAGGAAAAAUAAAUUGGAUAAUUCUGUGUGAUGCGGCUACAUCAGCUUCAAUGCACUUGUCUUGUUGGCACUUUAUCAUUGGGUGGUUUUGAGAAGUCGGACCCACUUACCCCCACCCCCGUGUGUAUUAAAAGCCUCUUCGUAUGGAGUUUUUGGUCUUUUCA